GUUACAUAGGUGGCGCUACUGCGCUUCCUCUUCCGCGCGGCGCCAUCAAACAAGAAGGAACCAGGAAGCUGAUGUUACAUUUCUAAAAAACACGUGUAACAGAAUGGCAUCAGACGGUCACGUAAAGAUAGGAAUAAUUGGAGGAUCUGGUCUGGAUGAUCCGGAUAUUCUGGAGGGCAGGACGGAGCGGUACGUAGUCACUCCGUUUGGAAAGCCGUCUGAUGCUUUGAUUUUGGGCAAAAUAAAGAAUGUCGAUUGUGUACUUCUUGCAAGGCAUGGGAGACAGCACACCAUAAUGCCAUCCAAUGUGAAUUACCAGGCCAAUAUUUGGGCCUUGAAGGAAGCGGGCUGCACUCAUCUGUUAGUGACCACAGCAUGUGGUUCCCUCCGAGAGGACAUCCAGCCUGGGGACAUCGUGCUGAUUGACCAGUUUAUUGAUCGGACAGCGAAGCGUGUUCAGACUUUCUAUGACGGGCAGCCCAGCAGUCCCACAGGUGUGUGUCACAUCCCCAUGGCGGAGCCGUUCUGCAGCAGGACUAGAGAGGUGCUCCUGGAGGUGGCUCAGGGACUCGGUGUGAAGUGUCACCCUCGAGGGACGAUGGUGACCAUAGAGGGUCCUCGCUUCUCCUCUCGGGCAGAGAGCCUGAUGUUCAGACAGUGGGGCGCUGAUGUCAUCAACAUGACCACGGUCCCCGAGGUGGUCCUCGCUAAGGAGGCCGGGCUGUGCUAUGCUAGUAUUGCCAUGGCAACUGAUUAUGACUGCUGGAAAGAGCACGAAGAGGCGGUGUGUGUGGACAAUGUGCUGAAAACCAUGAAGGAGAACGCAAAUAAAGCGAGCAGCAUCCUGCUCACGGCGAUCCCACAGAUCUGUCAGAUGGACUGGGAGAGCACAAUAAAUGCACAUAAACUGAUGGCGCAGUCUUCCGUCAUGUUGCCCAAACACUGAAGCCCCCGUCUGUCCACUGAGAAGAGCCCUGUGUCUGUAAACCGCUCACAUCUGAUCAGUCUCAUAAUAGUGUUUAAAACAGAGUUAGUAUGAUGCAUGGAAGCAGUGCCAGAGGACUGGCUCUUUGAUUGUCACAUUGUUUUCCAGUGUGUUUUAAUACUAACAGAAGUGUUGUUUCACAUGAAGUAUCUUGGAUAUAAAUCGAAAUGGAAGUAUUUUUUAUUUGACCAAGAAUAAAAGUCUGCAGUUUU